AUGAGGGAUAGCGAGGAAACCACUUCCGUCGAUGGAUCGACACUCAGCGCAAAAGCCAACGCCAAACACGGAACAGAUGUUGAAAACGGCUCCGCCGAGCUGAAAAACGCAAUGAAAGAAGAAAAUGUGCAAGAUCCGAACAUCGUCGAUUGGGAUGGACCAGAUGAUCCUGAAUCCCCGCAACUGGACAUCUGGAAAGAAGAUGACAGCGACAGGCUCUAUCGCACUGAUUACGCUUCUGACCUAACCUCUGGAAAUCGAUCAUCUAUGUUCGCCCCCGGGGUAGGCGAACUACUAAAAGAGUUCAAUGUCACCAGCAUUGAACUGUCAUCAUUCGUGGUAUCGGUAUACCUGGUGGGAUACUGUUUCGGUCCCCUGCUCAUCGCACCUCUAUCGGAGUUAUACGGUCGGCAGUACAUCUACCAUGUAUGCAACAGCCUCUACGUGGUCUGGAUCAUUGCCUGCGGUUUUGCACCCGAUAUGGGCAGUCUUAUUGUUUUCCGGUUCCUCGCUGGCUUUGCCGGUAGCUGUCUGCUGACUAUUGGCGUCGGAUCGAUUGCGGAUAUGUUUGUACAAGAGAAGAGAGGCGGCGCGAUGGCAUGGUGGGCUCUUGGUCCUUUGAUUGGGCCUGUCAUUGGUCCGGUUGCUGGUGCAUAUCUGUCACAGGCAAUGGGUUGGCGAUGGAACUUCUAUGUGCUGGCUAUGGCUAGCGGUGCUAUCACAAUCAGUUCGAUCUUGACCAUUCGUGAGUCCUAUGCCCCAACGCUCCUAGCUCAGAAGACCAAGAAACUCCAGAAAGAGACUGGGAAUAUGAACUUGCGCUCUGCACUCGACACGGGCCGUACACCGAAAGAACUCUUCCUGUACUCCAUUGUGCGACCGACGAAUAUACUCUUCCGCUCCCCGAUCGUAUUCCUCCUUUCGCUUUACGUCGGCGUGAUCUACGGAUACCUAUAUCUGUUGUUUACAACCAUCACCUCCGUAUUUGAAGAACAGUACAAUUUCUCCCAGGGAGCAGUCGGCCUCACCUACCUGGGUAUGGGCAUCGGCUCUUUACUAGGAGUGUUCCUUCUAGGAGCAACAUCCGACAGACUACUCAACUAUCUAGCCGCCAGGAGUGGCGAUAAAAAGCCCGAAUAUCGUCUUACGCCUAUGAUCCCUGGAGCUGUCCUAGUUCCUAUCUCGCUGUUCAUGUAUGGGUGGAGUGCCUAUUACAAAACACACUGGAUUGUGCCUAUCAUUGGAACCUCUUUCCUUGGUGCUGGCAUGAUGAUCACCUUCAUGUGUGUGAGUACGUACUUGGUAGAUGCAUUCACGGAGUACGCGGCGUCCGUUAUGGCGGCCAACACGGUAUUCCGCUCACUGGCUGGUGCCUUGCUUCCACUUGCCGGCCCCAAGAUGUAUGAUGUUCUUGGGCUUGGUUGGGGUAACUCGCUGCUUGGGUUCAUUGCUCUAGCAUUUUGCGCAUUGCCAGUCGUCUUUUGGAUAUAUGGCGAGCGUAUACGGACGAGUGCAAAAUUCCAGGUGACUCUCUGA